GCAGCUUGCGAAGUCUACGUCACGCGGAGAGCCUUUCAAGAUGGCGCUGCCCGGUGAGGGAGUGAGCAGAUUUCUGUCCUUCCCAAACUCUGUGUUUCAGGUGUAGCUGAUGGAUGUGAGCUGUAGCCUUUUGACAGAAGCAGCAUUUUCCUGUAUUUUGCUGCCCAGUUCGGGAAAGACAGGCUGCCGCCAUGAACUGCUUGUGGACGUUACUGCUGGCCCAGAAGCUCUCUGCUGGAAGGGGCACUCUGCUGAUGAAGGCUGCUUCUAAGAGGGAUCUCCAACAGCUUCUGAGAAGCGACUGUCUCCAGAACUCCAGGUUGGGUACUGUGAGGAGCAUCCAGGUAAGCACAGCACUUGGCACUACCACCCCUUCAAAGGGCGAUGGAGACAAUGACAAAGAAUCCACCCAACGAGCCUUGGUGACCGUUGAAGAUAUCUUUGAGAGCACCACUGAAACUGCAAAGACUAAAGCCACAUUUCAGGAAGCUGUGGACAUCUUCUGCAAGCGGGACAUUCGCCACAGGGGUCACGUGGAAUUCAUCUAUGCAGCGCUGAAGAAGAUGCCAGAGUAUGGGGUAGAGAAGGACAUUAAUGUCUACAACAAAAUCUUGGAUGUCUUCCCCAAGGAAGUAUUUGUGCCUCGCAAUUUCAUCCAGAGGAUGUUCAAUCACUACCCACGACAACAGGAGUGUGGUGUCCAUGUUCUUGAGCAGAUGGAGACCUAUGGUAUCAUGCCGAACAAGGAGACAAAGCUUCUGCUCCUCCGGAUCUUUGGGGACAAGAGCCACCCGGUGAGGAAAUACCAGAGGAUCAUGUAUUGGUUUCCUAAAUUCAAGCACGUCAACCCUCACCCAGUUCCAGAUCCUCUGCCAAAGGACCCUGUAGACCUGGCAAGGCUGGGCCUGCAGAGAAUUGCAGCUGACUUGGAUGGCAAGGUUACCGUAUAUCAGCUGCCUCAUUCGGAGAUUUUGGAUUCUGGAAAAACAAUUGACCACCCGCAUAUUGUAGGAAUCCAGAGCCCUGACCAGCAAUCGCUCCUGGCUCACCACAAUACAGACAGGCCUGUUUUUGUUGAAGGCCCCUUCCGCUUGUGGCUGAAGGAGACAUGUGUUUAUUACUAUGUGCUCAGGGCAGAGCUGUUGCCUCAAGAAGAAAGGGUAAAUGGCCUGUCCUUUCUCCCAACUCCUCUUUUAAGGCCCGUUGGAGGACCUGUAAGAUCACUAUUGCUGAAGUGCAGCAGAAAAGGAACUUGCCUUGGGAAUACUGAGAGCUGGGAUAGUACUUGGGGAGAGAUGGUGAUAUGUGCUUUCUCUGGCUAG